UGUGUCAAAUCGGACACAAAGCCUCCUCCGAACGGCUUCUUAGGGGCCCCUCGGCCGAUUGGCGCUUCUCCCGUUCCGCCUGUGCGCGGCUGAUGAUCGGCUCUAAUCAAAGUGGAACAUUUGGCCCCUGACGCACAAUAUGCCCUAAAAUGAGCGGCAUUCAGACGCGUCUGUAACGCUGACAAUACGACUGGGUCCGAGUUGCCACUGAUUUACGCGCGGGGCUCUGCGAGGCGAGUCGAGAGCUGUCUUUCAGCACCACAGUUUGGCUCUGCAGAAACAUCUAAAGGUUAAAGAACAAGCGACGUUUCACGGUAAUUCCUUUUCCUGCUAAGAUCGUAUACCUUUACAGAUCCUUUCAAGCAAACAAUCCCUCUUCAAAAACACAAAAGGUAUUGACUCUAUUUCAAGAGCAACGCGACUGUGACAGCUGUGAUGUCACUUGUUGGUCCGAGACUUUAGAAACGUAUUUUCUGAACAUCCCGGACCUUCCAUUCAGAGAAUCAUUAAGUCCUCCCCUUAACUUUACAACAUCAGACAAGUUAGAAUGUGUUCGUUAAAUAAUUCCUAAAUGAUCUAUUUAGAGUGCCUUUGAUCAUCAUGAUUUUUACAAUAAUGGCAAAAUCGGUUAAAUAAACCUAAUAAAUAAAACAAUAUCUGAUUUGUUUGCGUUGUGCGCAUCUCCUCCUACGCGGGACUCGCUGUGGAAAGCUUUCCUCUCCGCUCUGCCGCUCCCCUAACUGACACCCCCGUGAUGGAUAGAAAAGAGAAAGAAAAAAAACUCCCCACUGACUGUUUGCUUUUUUUUCUCUUUUUUUUUUUCUUCUUUUCUUCAGUGCUUCAAGUGGCACGCGUCCGGCGCGCGCGCAAACGCACCGGCACCGGGGCCAGGAGCCCAAGGUGAAUCCACGCGACCGGGGGGCGUGGCCUGUCCCACUAUCCACGCGCAUUGAAAAGCGGUGGCGUCUGUCCUCGAGGACUCAGAGAAGCAGCGGACUGCCCCCCACCAAAACAAGCGCGCAACCAACACGUGAACGGCACGAGCGGGACGCACCGCUUGAACAAGACUUGGCGAUUUUCCCUCACAAGUUUAUGUUUUUUUUUUUUCUUUCAAGUUUUGAUCCCUGGGAAUGGACUUCACAGCCAAGAUGGAAAUUAACGUCGGCCAGCACCAGCAGCUGCUGCCGCCCGCCUGCUUCUUCUCCGCCGUGGCGGCGCAGGGCGUCCAGCUGAGCCCGAGCGGCAGCAGCCAGGGCAGCAGCGGGAAGUCGUGCUCCAAGCAGCCGAAGAGGCAGCGCUCGUCGUCCCCGGAGCUGCUGCGGUGCAAGCGGAGACUCAACUUCGCCGGUUUCGGCUACAGCCUCCCGCCGCAGCAGCCGCACGCCGUGGCGCGCCGCAACGAGAGGGAGCGCAACCGGGUGAAGCUGGUCAACAACGGCUUCGCCACCCUGCGGGAGCACGUGCCCAACGGCGCCGCCAACAAGAAGAUGAGCAAAGUGGAGACGCUGCGCUCGGCCGUGGAGUACAUCCGCGCGCUGCAGCAGCUGCUGGACGAGCACGACGCGGUGAGCGCGGCCUUUCAGUCCGGCGUCCUGUCGCCCUCCAUGUCGCAGGGUUACACCGGGGACAUGAACUCCAUGGCGGGUUCGCCCGUGUCCUCGUACUCGUCCGACGAGGGCUCGUACGACCCCCUCAGUCCGGAGGAGCAGGAGCUGCUGGACUUCACCAACUGGUUCUGAGCGUCCGUGUAAAAAGACAUGUGGAUCGACUCACUUUACCGUUGAGGUGCGCUUGGGGUUGUCCCGGAGGAGGCGGGUGUGCGCAGGAACAAGACGCGUUGUCCUUUAACGCGCGGUCCUUCCGGGCCGACGGAACGACAGUGACGGCCUCAAAGUCCCCGAGAAGUUGCGGGGA